GCGCUCACGGAGGGUCUACAAUUUGUCAGAAAAAUAGAUUGUUUAGUUUUAGUCCUGGACUAACCUCGGUCAGCUGCGGAUUAGGUGAUCUGCUGAAAUUACUCCCUGCGCACAGUUUAUGAAAAUACACGUGUGUGUUGCAGGCAUGAACGCUGGGACAGGUGUCGGCGUCGCCAUCGGUGUUGGACUGCUGUUUCUUGGCUGUGUGCUUGUCUUGUAUUAUCUACACAAAACAGGGAGGUUGAAAUGGUUCACCGCCAGGGGUCGCCCUCGAAGAUCAUCAACUUCCAGCAGCCGUCGCCCGCUCGAACCAGACGACACUGAAUCCGUGGACGCCAUGCCACGUGUCACAGACGGUGACAUGUUCGCCAUCGCUGACGACCGCGACCGCGACCACGACCGUGAACAGGCUGAAGACGGUUACUUCUAUGACGAAGUGUUUGGAAGUUCGGCAUUUGAGGACGAAACCACGAAGGCAUCAAACAAAGAACUGUACAGUGCGUCAUCAGACGAGGUUCCUGACUUACUGCUGAGGGUGGAUCCAAUCAACUUUAAAUAACGACGCUAAUAUGAUCCAAGUUAUCGUUGUUCAAUAACCACCGCCCACACUCAUGACACAGGUUGUCACUGAAGAGGAGAGUAACUACACAGCAGACCUGAGUGGUCGCCCCUGGUUCAAGGAGGACUAUCACGUGCUAUUAGCCGUCCCAAUGCGUUUGAACCAGGAACUGUAGCAUUUUCUGUAUUGUUUCUGCCAAUCUAACAGCAAAUAAUUACCCUAAUUAUUUUUGGACAUUGUCUCACCUUCCCCCAGAACCCUCUUUACAACGUUUGGCCUUAGGCUGGCAUUAUUAUCUCCCUUUAAGAGAGGUCAAGUGUCACAGAACUAAUCCGAAGGUGAUUGUAACAUCUGGAUCGAUGCAUCUGUGCCAGGUGACUUGGCUGUGAUUACGUCCACCUGUCUUGACCCUGGGUAUUUUGUGUUAUAGCUAGGGGAUAUAUGUCAGCAUUGUGAGAGUAUGACAUAUUAUUAACAAUACCAUGUUAUUUGCAUGUUAUUCGUGUACAAUUUAGUCUUUGUAUAGUUCAUACCAGAACCACAUUUUGUUCUUUUACUGCAUCAAUAUGAAAAAAAUCAACAUUGAAAAAUAAUCUGAAUAUAUUGAAGAGCAAACAUAAUUGAGUAUGGAGAUAUAGUAUGAAGCGGAGUGCAAUACAUGUGCCUUGUAUUUAUCAUGCAAAUCCCGACCAGAUUACUAAUUCUAACGAUCAACAUAUCUUUUUUUCUGAACAGGAUAUCGUUUAUCGCAGUAGUAUUGAUAGAUUUAAUGCAAAGAUGUCCACGUGAACGUAGACCACUGCCCCUUCUGUGUUACACAUUAUGUCCUAAUCACGAUAGAGAAAACACGUUGUUUUUUAUGAAAUGAUUUACGCCAAAUGUCUGUGUAUAUUGUUAUUGUAACGAUUCUGCUUGAGGACAUAUCCCGAGGUAACCAUUCCUUCUGGCACUGGCUAACGGUGUACAUUGUGCCAAGCUUCUACGGUCUCCCAACUAUUUAUUCCAAUUUGUACAUACAUUAUAUCUUGUUAUGGUUAUGUCAAGAGAAUGUAUAUGCAUGUUGUUGAUUUCGGAGAUUAUAUGUGCGUUUUUAAAGGUUCCGAAUGUGAAAAAUUACAUCAGCACAACACGUGAUCUCAGCAAGAUUCAUCAUGGUGCAUGUGUAUUUCAUCACGUGAUCAACGUCACCGCCAUUCCAACGUACUGUUCUACGGUACACAUGUACGCGUGCGAUUCAUAGUAGUAAUAUACAGUAGAUUUAAAACAUGUAUGUUUACAUCGGCAUAUUUGGUAAUACGUUGUAACUUUGUGAUGUAGAAUUCUGAUUAUUUAGACAAUGUUCUUUGCGGUAUUAUCUGCUCUGAGUUGAUCUACGUUGUUAAAAUAUCUUGUCUUGGUUGGGGAGGGGAUGUGUGGGGGACGUGGGGGGGGACUUCAAUCAAGAUGUAUAUCAUGUUGGGCCGUUAAUCUGUGAUGUUGUGUUGUCACAGUUGAAGAUUGGUAUUUUUCUAUAAUCUAACGCUGUCAUUAGUGUGGGAAUGUGUAGGAAAAUGUUGAUUUUGAAAUCACAAUAUGUAUAAACAGAGCAUCUCCAGAACAAUACCGUCAGGGCAAAGGCUGACGGCCUCCACCGUUGUAAAUACGACCUCAUACUGCAACAACCCAUGUCGGAUACGAAUACAACAAUCGUGUGAUCCAGCCAAUCAGCCUAAAGAGACAAUUACGAUUCGAACGUAACUGCAUCGAUUUUGUGUCCUUCUGUGUAGUAGGUCUGUGACCCGCUUGAUGUAUCAUGUCACCUGUACACACCCUUAUACUCGUGUCUCCUCGUAUACUCAUACACUAACCUACCAUCCCAAUGUGUGUACUCCCUGAUUUGAAGGAGAGGCCGAUAACUUAUUACAGCAUUGACCUCUCACAUGCCUAUGCUGUGUUAAUUACAAUAGGUUCAACACGUGUGUACUAGAGUAAACGAUCCUCAUUGGCAUUGUGAAAGGGGUUGAUUCAUUAAUUCGUUGUACAAUGGACAAUACUCUCGUUUUCCCGUGUCACCCUUUAAAAUUGGAGAUUUAUUACAAGUCGCAUAGGUUGAGUUUAUGAGUCUGCAAUGCUUGUGUGACCACGGUCUGAGGUUAACCAGUUCAAAUAUCUCCUUAUCCGUGUUAGCAAUAUUCGUAGUAAAAGUGAUUUCAUGUUUGCUAUGAAAGAGGUUCAAAUUUCGUCCGAUCUUUUCUAUUCAUUCUAUUUUGUCGUUACACUAUCUAGCAUACACUGGCAUAACAAAGGGUAAGUCGGAGGUCUCUGGUGCGUUUAUUUCACAUACGUGUAUAUAUGUUAGUAAACCGUGUCUGUUUCAUUACCACUGACGCUGUAUGUGAUAUAUUGUGUAUGCGAGCAUGGUUAUCCAAUUAAACCAAAGAAGGGAAUGGUUGUCGGAGUGUAGUAAACGUCUUCCAGUUGCCAUGAACAUGAGCUGUCAUUGGAGAUUUAUCUGUGAAAGAUGUUAAACUAUGUAGGGAUGAGUGUACAGAACAUGCUAUUGAAGACUGCUGAUUGGGACGUGCAGUCUAACGUUGUGACGUUGGGAGUGGUAAUCAAGGGAGACUACUCUCAAUGCUGGUUGGACUGGUGUGUCACGGAACCUCGAUGGCAUCAACGUCCGUAGCAUCAUCACCUGCAACGUCAGCUACAAAUCCACAUGGUAGACCAUGGUGUUAUACGCUGACCAGACCGCUAUGGAAAUACUUGACCGAACAUAUGACCUGUCAUAUUGGUCGCACGCCUGGCAACGUCUUCAUCUACCGUGUGCAUAGUGUCCUUGGCGGUUGGGGCUAACAAUCCACCGGGUGUUGACUCACUGGUGUUAACCAUCAUUGUCCCAAGGUAUGCUUGAUGUUGUUCUCAAAUGCAUAUAUUUUUCUACAAGUGUGAGAAGACGUACCAUACGUUGAAUAUGUGUGGAUGUUGGCCCAUGUGAGUACUGACCUGGAGGAUCACAUGUAAAAUUAUUUGUACGCAACGAAUGAAACAUGAAUAAAAUAUUUUAUGACA